AUGUCAUCAAAUGAUCAACAAAUUCAAAUUAUAAUCAAAUCAUUACAACAUUUAGGAUAUAAUGAAAUAGCACAAAAUUUAAUAAAUCAAUACAGAAUAAAUUUACAAAAUAAACAAAAACUGGAAAUUCCAAAAUUAUUAAAUUGGUUUAAUCAUUUAAUUAAAACUUUUGAUUAUAAAACAAUUGAUGAUUAUUUAAAUAAUUUAAAAAAUCAAGAAGAAUUUAUUAAUAUAACAAAUUAUAAAGGUAAAGAUUAUAAAUCUAUUAUAUCAAUUAUAUUAUAUUUAAUUAGAAGAUUUAAUUUUUAUGAAAAUUCAAAAGAAUUGGGUGAUAUUACAUAUAUAUCUGAAAAUUUAUUACCAUUACUUGAACAAAUUGAUAAAAAUGAAAUUAAAGGAUUAUUUGAUCAAUCUUUAAUAAAUCAAUUAAAUUAUGAAGAAGAAAGUCAAAUAUUAUUAAAAGUUAAUGAAUUAUCAAUAAAUCAAUGGUUUUUUAAUUUAUCAAAUAAUAACAACGCAAAUAUAGAAGAAAUUCAAGAUUUAAUAUUUAAUAAAUUUUUUAAAUAUUCAAAUAUUAUUUUUAAUUCUCCUAAAUUUAUACCAUUAUUAUCAACAAUUUUAGAUCAGUCAAUAAAAUAUCAAUUAUCACAAUCUCCAACUUAUUUACCUCCAAGAAAUCAAAAAGAUUUAAAUAAAAUUAAUAAAACUGGUAGUAAUAUAAAUUUUAAUUCAACUAAAUUAUUACACACAUUAACUAAUCAUUUAGAUGAAGUUUGGUUUUUAAAAUUUUCACCACUGGGGAAAUAUUUAGUUACUGGUUCACAUGAUGGUAGAUUAAUAAUUUAUGAUGUUUUAAAUAAUUUUAAUUUGAUAAAGAUAUUAGAACCAACAAAUUCUGCUGAUUCUAUUGCUUUUGUUCCAUUUACAACAAAACCUUCAAGUGGUAAAUCCAAGGCAGUUAUAUAUUGUACUUGGGAUUUAAAAGAAGAAUAUUUAGUAAGUUGUUGUUUAGAUACUGUUAUUAGAGUUUGGUCAUUAGGAGAUUUAAAUAAAAAAAGACAAUUAAGAUCAGAUAGCUCAGUAAAUAAUCAAGAAAUAAAAUUAAUUACAAGUUUUACAUUAGGUCAAGAUAUUAAAACUUGGUCAGUUGAAUUUUUACCAUCAACACAACAUAAUAAUUCUAAUUCUAAAUAUACUCCAUAUUUUAUAGUUGGUUCACCUGAUAAAGUUUUAAAAAUCUUUGAUAUUAAUGGAAUUGAAAUUUUUGAUUUUUAUGCAAAUUUAGAAGAUGAUGAAAUUGAUAAUGAUAAUUUAAAUAAUGAUUUAGAUGAUAUUUCAAUGAAAGAUGUUGAUGAAAACACUAACACAAAUACUAAUACUAAUACCAAUGCAAACACAAACACCAACUCAUCGGCAAGUCAAAAUACAACCUCCACAACAACUCUUAAUAAAAAAUCAUCAUCAAAGAAUCCAAUAGAUAAUCCAUUUAGUAGAAUAAAUGAUUUAGUAAUUACACCAAAUGGUAAAAUUUUAAUAACAGUAAAUAAUGAAAAACAAAUUUUAUUUUUUAGUAUCCCUGAAUUUUUUGAUACCAACGGUGGUGAUUCAACAUCAACUUCAAUAACUCAUAAAUUAGCAUCAUUAAAAUUAAAUGGUAAAUUAACUUCAAUUUCAAUAUCAAAAAAUGGUCAAUAUAUCUUGAUUAAUUCAGCACCAGAAGAAUUACAAGUUUGGGAUAUUUUACCAUUAUAUUCCAACAAUCCACCAAUAUUAUAUAGAAAAUUUUUAGGACAUUCACAAAGUUCAUUUAUAGUAAGAUCAUCAUUUGGUUAUUUAGUAGAGCAAACAAAAACCGAGGAGCUAGUAUUAAGUGGAUCAGAUGAUGGAUUUGUUUAUUUUUGGAAAUUACAUACUGGUCAAUUAAUUACUAGAAUAAAAGCUCAUGAUGAAUUAUGUAAUGCUGUUGAUUGGAAUUUAAAUGGAUUUGUUUUUGGUGGGGUUGAUUAUGGUAAGAUUUGGGGUAGUGUUGGUGAUGAUAAAUUAGUUAAAAUAUGGGGUGUAUAA